AUUUGAACCGUGACCUUGGUUUGAAUAUCAUGAGCUUAUUCGAGCUUCAUAAACCUUCUCUCCUCGAGGUCUCAUCUGCACUUGAAAGUCAUCUAAAGAAUUGUUUUGAAACUGUCAAGUGCUCGAUUGUUGAUUGUCCUGAUUUGACAAGUUCACCAUAUGGCCUUACCUUAAGAGGGUUGAGUGGUAAAGCAAUAAUCUGUGAUGUUGGCAGCUUUGAUUACCUUUUGCCUGUCCCUAAAAAGGAUAGGGUAUGCAUCGUUUUGUCCGAUUUAUUGGCAAAGCAUUAUGACCUUUUAGAUGUAUUUCGAAGUGCCGGGGUAGCUGCUGGUGCUGUAAUCGGGGCUGGUGCUGGACCAUUUUUUCUUACUGGAUCGAACUCUGAGAUGGUUAUAAAUAUUUCUUCUGAAAGUGGUGUUGUAAAAAAUGGUUCGUUAUUUGGAUUAUACGAUAAAGAGAAUAAUAAACCUUUGCUAACAAAAGCUGAUAAUACCAAAUUUGCUUUGUUAGGUCAAAUGUUCAUGUGUGAAGGUAAACCUGGACCGGUUAUCGAAUUAAAUGUAUCUGGGCGUAUUCAAGAUGGAAAAUUCGAUGCUAUGAUUCGUGAAGCAUUACAUGUAAAAUAUGGUCAUUUAAAUAAUGCUGUUGGUUUGGGUGGAGUUAUAGUUCAAGAAAAAGGCAAAUCAUUGUAUCACGUUCUUCCUGAAUUCUCACAAGAACCAAUUGAUUCAGGUGAGAAACUUCGUAAUUGGAUUAAAAUGUUUGAAAUGGAAUCUCCUGUGAUUUCAGUUGGAAUCGCUGUAUCACAUGAUCCUCAUCAUCUUGGUCUACGCUUAGAACAUUUUCAUUGUUUUAAUCAAAAUCAAACAAAUUGUGGACAUUGUCAUUUUGAUACAUAUGGUCCAACUGUAUCCUAUCGUUGUUAUUUUUCAAUAGCUAAUCAUUUGUUACGUAUUGAUCAACCAAGUAAAUCAUUAUGAGAAACGAUUAGUUUUCUUUUUCUCCAUCCCCCUCUUUCUCUUUGUUGAUUUUGUUCUUGUUUGUAUUAUUUUUCUCAGGAAAAAAAAGUUGGUUAGUUCAAUCUUUCUACUUUUAUCAUGUUGACUUUUCUCAAUUUAUUAGUAGUAUUUAGUAGUAUGUAUUACAUUAGUAAUAUAUAUAUGAUCUAUUAUUUAUUUGGUGGGCAAUAAAGAAUAGUUAUUUUUUUCCAUUA